GCUAUUGCGGCUCCUCCUCCGAGCCCUGUCAUGGCGGCGUCCAGUGUGCCAGCUGAGGUGAGGAAACGCGAUGCUGGGCUUUUUGUCCGCGCGACAAGCGGGUUUGGAAGACCCUAUGCGCUUCCAGAGAACGGAGUCCACACGGAGGGUUUUGGGACUGGAGUUAAACAAAGACAGAGAUAUUGAAAGAAUCCAUGGAAGUGGAGUUAACACCCUUGACAUUGAACCUGUUGAAGGGAGAUACAUGUUAUCAGGUGGUUCAGAUGGUGUGAUUGUACUUUAUGACCUUGAGAACUCCAGCAGACAACUUUAUUACACAUGUAAAGCAGUAUGUUCCAUCGGCAGAAAUCAUCCUGAUGUUCACAAGUACAGUGUGGAGACUGUUCAGUGGUAUCCUCAUGACACUGGAAUGUUCACAUCAAGCUCAUUUGAUAAAACUCUGAAAGUAUGGGACACAAAUACAUUACAAACUGCAGAUGUAUUUAAUUUUGAAGAAACAGUUUAUAGUCAUCAUAUGUCUCCAGUUGCGACCAAGCACUGUUUGGUAGCAGUUGGUACUAGAGGACCCAAAGUAAAACUUUGUGACUUAAAGUCUGGAUCCUGUUCUCAUAUUCUACAGGGUCACAGACAGGAAAUCUUGGCAGUUUCCUGGUCACCACGUUAUGAGUAUAUCUUGGCUACUGCAAGUGCUGACAGUAGAGUAAAAUUAUGGGAUGUGAGGAGAGCUUCAGGAUGUUUGAUUAAUCUUGAUCAGCAUAAUGGGAAAAAGUCACAAGCUGCUGAAUCAGCAAACACUGCUCAUAAUGGGAAAGUUAAUGGCUUAUGUUUUACAAGUGAUGGGCUUCACCUCCUCACUGUUGGUACAGAUAAUCGAAUGAGGCUCUGGAAUAGUUCCAAUGGAGAAAACACACUAGUGAAUUAUGGAAAAGUUUGUAACGACAGCAGAAAAGGAUUGAAAUUCACUGUCUCCUGCGGCUGCAGUUCAGAAUUUGUUUUUGUGCCAUAUGGUAGCACCAUUGCUGUUUAUACAGUUUACUCAGGAGAACAGAUAACUAUGCUUAAGGGACAUUAUAAAAAUGUUGACUGCUGUGUAUUUCAAUCUAAUUUCCAGGAACUUUAUAGUGGUAGCAGAGACUGCAAUAUUCUUGCUUGGGUACCAUCCUUAUAUGAACCAGUUCCCGAUGAUGAUGAGACUACAACCAAAUCGCAGUUAAAUCCAGCUUUUGAAGAUGCCUGGAGCAGCAGUGAUGAGGAAGGAUGAAUAUCAACCUUUUUGUUUCUACUGAUGAAACUUUUAAAACACCACUGUUUGUGUGAGAUUUUUGUUAAACUGUUCAGUUACUGACAAUUAAAUUAGCUUCAAAUUUGGAUGAUAGUUUUUCCUCAUUUUUUAAAAUGAGUUUACUAUUUGUAUAAAGUCCCGAGGCCAGGAGCAGCCACUGUUGCUACAAUACAAUAGCAGAAGUUGUAUCUCAGGUGAGAUUGUAACAGAUUGUCAAACCUGUGUAAAAUUCUUUCUUAUUGAUAUAUUCAUAUUUUGCUAUGAUUUUAUUUAACUGUGGAUCAUCCAGCUUUAUGUUAAACAGUUUUGGACUUAUUAUCUCCUGCCAUCCAAACAGUACAUCACAGUAGGCUUUUAACUGGUGACAUCUCAUGUUUGCUUGAAGUCAGAAGCAGCUUGUACGCUCAAGCUUAAACUCCUUUCUAUGAAACUAGCUAAGAUUUACCAUGUCCUGCCUCAUUCAUCCAAGCAAAAAAUGUCCCAGGAGGGAAUCUGGCUUAAACAUAAAAUGUCAUCAUAAAAUUUCUAUUUUAUUCUCCCUUCUUCCUGUGUCAACCCACAAAUGAUUAUUAUGAAGCUAACUUUUCUUUUUUAAAAAAAAUUUUGCUGGGGAUUAAACCCAAGGACUCACACAUGUUGGUCAAGUUCUUUAUCAAUGACCAUCCCUAGCCUCUAAGAAGCUAAUCUUAUAUUUUCUUUCUUCCUGAUUCUUUAACCAGAAGGAGACUAGAAAAAGAGGUUUUUGUGAACUUGGAUACUAAGUUCAUGAUUAUUUUUCAGUGUGUUGAGUUUUUAAAGUAUAUAACUGUUAGACCUCAUGUCAGACCUUUCUGGUCAAAUAUUUUCCAUACAAGAGUUUUCUGAAACCCAGAGUAUUCUACUCUCACUUUUUUCCCCUCCUGAUGGGGAUGCUUUUGACCUUUGAGAAAGGUAUUAAAAUAGGAUUUUUUUUUAAA